AUGUACGUCGCGGUAUUCGUUUGCCUUUCGGUUAAGGCAGUCCAUUUCGAAGUCGUUCCGAACCUAACGUCGUCUGCGUGUAUAAAUGCGAUCAAACGGUUCGUGGGUCGCCGCGGUCGGUUACUCGAAUUGCAUUGCGACAAUGCAACCACCUUCGUCGGCGCUAACACCGAAAUAAAGGCAAUUCGUCAGCAGUACUUGCAGCAGUUCCGCACGAAUCAAUGGGACAACUAUUGUCGUGAUUCGGGCAUCUCGUUCCACUUCAUUCCGGCUAGAUCCCCACAUUUUGGUGGACUGUGGGAGGCGGGGGUGAAGUCAUUCAAAUACCAUUUCUGUCGCAUAUUCGGAGGACGAUCGUACACCUACGAUGAGUUCUCGACAGCUGUAGGUCAAAUAGAAGGUACCCUCAACUCUCGGCCUCUCAUCCCCCUCACAGACCACCCCGACGACCUUGAAGUGAUGACGCCAGGACAUUUCAUCAUUGGGGAACCAUUGUUCUCAAUCCCCGAGCCCGAAAUAGCAGAACCGGUGAAAAGGCUGACUAGGCUACAAGAAACACGUCGAUUCCAACAACAACUCUGGAAGCGCUGGUCCAGAGAUUACGUUAGCCAACUUCAACAGCGAUCCAAAUGGCGACAGGCGGUCAAAAAUGUCGACGUGGGAAAUCUCGUCCUACUGCGGCAUGACAAUCUACCCACGUAUCAUUGGAACCUCGGCCGAGUGGACGAAACGAUCAAAGGCGAAGAUGGGCUGGUGCGCGUAGUGCUGGUCCGAACUGCGCGUGGUGUGUUCCGCCGAGCUGUUACCAAAAUCUGCGUGCUGCCGGUCGAUACUGCUGACGGUGACGACAUCGAUGCUGACGAAGCUGGAGACCUAGGAGGUGCUGCUGUUCAAGAAGGUUGA